CGUUCCGGCCUGAAGCUGGAAAAUGCUCUUGGCAGCUCAGGAAGGUUCUUCCUCAAGGAAGAAAAGGAUGGAGCUGAAUCGCUGGAGGAGAAAUUUUGCAAGGAAGCCAGAUUCCAAGCCUGCCUUUGAUCCUGACAAUGUGGAACAUUGGAUGAAGAAAGUGGAAAAAGCAUCAGAAUUUGCUGUUUCCCAAGUGUUUUCUCAUGGAAAUUCAGAUUUAUCCAGAAGAUUGUUAGACCAAAUUAUAGAUUUGAAAGCAUCUGAACAAGUAGAGGACCAUGAUGAAGUCUAUGCAGAAGCUCAGGAGCUGGUCAAUGACUGGCUAGACAUCAAACUUAAACAAGAACUAGCAAGUGAUGGAGAAGGUGAUACUGAAGACACUGUGUCAAAUAUCCCUCCAGUACUAGAAACCUGUCCCCAUUUGAAAUAUAACAAGUUUGACGAUUUAUGUGACUAUUUGGAGGAAGAAGAAGAAGGGGACGCUGUUAAAAAAUUUAUGGAUCAUUUACUCCAAAAAGAUGUGAUGGAUUCUAGGAUCUUGGAUGAUCUUCGAGUGAAGGAAAACCAAGAGAAGAAGCAGCAGAAGGAUCCUCGUCUUACCAUGGAGAUGAGACAUAAGCAGGUAAAAGAAAAUCGCUUACGACGUGAAAAAGAACUGGAGCGCCAGCGAAUUGAAAAGAAUCUGAAAAAAUCGGUGUUUCUGGAGGCUCAGUACUUGGUACAAGAAGAGAAGAAAAGGAAGGCUCUGGAAGCCAAGAAAGAGGAAGAAGAACUUCAAAGGGAAAUGGUAAAACUGCGGAGGGAGAUCAUUGAGAGGAGACUCACUGUUGAAGAAGCAUGGAAAUUAGAAAAGAAAAGGCAAGAAGAAAAUUCUCCUAAAAAUCCAGAAAAAUGCUUUAUUCAAAAUGUUCAGACUAAGCCGAAUGAAGAAAAAAUGGCAAAAGAAAGAAAGAAGAAAUUGAGAGACCUAUUAGUUCAAACUUUCAAGGAAAAUCAUCAGUGUCAAAAAAGAUAUUUUACUGCCUGGCACAAGUUGAUUCUUGAUCAUAGGAUUCAGCUGGGCAAAGCUGGGACCCUAUCCAACUGGAAGAUCCAACUGAAGGUUUUGCGGGCCUGGAGAGAUUAUGCAAGAUCCCAGAAGUUGAAGCGGGAGACUCAAGCCAUGGAAAAUGAACUCAGAGAAGAAAACAGAAAACAACAAGUGGCCACUGAGUAUAACAGGAAACAAGUUCUCCAACACCACUUCACAGAAUGGCAACAUUGGCUUCGAGCAGAGAUCCUAAAGAAAGAGCUGACUGUAACAAAGGCAGAAACUAGAAUGAAAAUCAAUGAGCUAUUGAAGGCAGCAUCACAAGGGAAACUCUGUGCAGAUCGGUCAUCAGCCAUCAGUCCACUUCAGGAUGCAACACCCAUGAUAAAUCCACCAGAAAGAAAUGGAGAGGUGAGCCUUGUACCCUCUUUGUGGGAAGAAUCUCCAUCAGGAAGAAGUAAUUAUGUGCCCAGUCCUCCUCUGGAAAGACCAACAAAGAGCAACUUGCAGGUUCCCUGCCAGAAUGUCCUUGUGAAUACAUCUAACAAUGUGCAGCACCAGCUCUUGGAUGAUGGCAGCAGACAGAAGCUCACAAUCAGUAGCCAAAAAGAAGAACCCAUCUGUGUAGGUCGUUUUUAUAACCGCCAUGUCUUCCAACAACAAUUGAUUGAGAAGCAAAAGAAAAAACUGCAGGAGCAGAAGAAAAUAAUUCUGAAUCUGAAGGAAAAGCAGCGACUGACAGAGGCACGGUGGGCAGCAGAGCUUGCCACAGCAAUGACCAGCACACAGUGCCGCCUCCUUUCAAAUCCUAAAGAAGAGUCGAAAAGAAGUUGCCAAGGGCUUCCAAAUCUGCCUGUGGCUUCCCCUGGGACUGAAGAUAGUCAAAGUGAUUUCCGAAAUUCUCUUUUCAAAUCCAAAAGGAGUCCAAGGCAGAAGAUGACACCUCAUCCCAUACUGAAAGCCAUGGAAGAGAGAGCAGUUCAGCGAACAGAACGCAGACGAAUCUUGGCAGAAAAGAAGAAGGAAAAAGAAGAAGAAAAAUUGGCCCAACUAAAGGCCCAAGAGGAGGAGCGGCAGAAGAGGGUGGCAGAAGAAAAGGAAGCCCAGCUUAAGAAAAAAAGAGAAGAGAAGAGACUGAAUAAGAUGAAAGAACUAGAGAAACAGAGGAGAAUUAAGAGGAACAAGCAGUUGGAAGCAGUAGCUAAAGAACAUUAUGAAAAGGUCUUGCUGAGGAAAAAAGGUCUGGAACCUUGGAAGAACCUGAGAAUGCAAAGCAAGCUAAACCUACAGGUGGCCAGUGAACAUUACUGUCUGGCCCUACAGAAGAAAUGCCUGCUCACCUGGUUCCAAUGUAGUCGGGAAAACCUGGCAACAAGGAAGGCCUUAACUGAUAGGUUUUAUUCGCAAAUGCUGCUUAGAAGAACCAUCAGGAGCUGGGCACAGUACUUGACUGAUAAGAAGGAAGAAGUACAGAAAAUGAGUGAGCUUUUUCUUCAGAAGAAGAUUUUCAGGGCUUGGUUUAACAUAGUCCAGGAGGCCAAGAUCCAGUCUCAGAGGAAUCAUGAGAUUGCAGUGGAGCAUAAUAUCAGGAAGACUGCCUGGCUUGCAUUUCAGACAUGGAAGUCAUUUACAAGACUUAUGAAAGAGGAAAGAGUGAAAGAAGAAAGGAGAAAGCAACUCCGUAGGAAGGUGGCUGAAAUCCUUCCAGACUUUCAAGUGCCACUCCCACCCUGACUCUCACUCAUACCAGCAGGAGAUUUGUGGCCCUGGUACAAGAAAAUUUCUUGCCGUGCUGGUAAACAGCCUGAUCUAGUGCUUCGAAUGAGUCUCUUUAUUGGUCCAUGUGUCUGUUACCACAUAGAUUCCUGCAUCUACAUGGCUUAUGUUCUGGCAAAUACUUCUUGAAUCAGAGGAUUUGGGGGACCUAUACUUUCUUCUUUGAUGUCUCUUAAAUCCAUGUUCCAAAGCAUUUAUCACAGUGGGAACACCCAAAGAAUAUUCUAGAGCUCUAUUUAUUCAAAUAUAUUCCAUAUAUUUUUAGUAUUGUAAACUUUUAAAAAGCCAAGUAUUUGCUGAAUUGAGCCUGUGAAGAGAAAUGUAUCCUUAUAGCUCAGAAUGAGUUGCUGACAAAUGUAACUUGAAAUAAAAAUUAAGCAUAGUAA